AUGAAGGCGCCGCACGUCGUCGGCCCGACGACCAAGACGGCCACGCGCCCUACGAACCCCCUUCCACAGUACCUCAACGACGAGGCCAAGCAGACGCAGCGAGAGCCCUUUGACCCGCAGCGGCACCUUAACUUCCAGCCGCCGGCCCGGGUCAUCACCAUGCGAGAGAUUGGCCUCGAGGGCCACGGCAUCUCGCCCAACGCCGUGUCCGAGCCGUUUCCGCUCUUUACGCAGGAGGCGGUGCAGCAGAUGCGCGCGGAAAUCUUCAGCGACGAGGUGCUGCGGGACUGCCAGUUCGCGUCGACUUUCAACAAGAACAUGAUACGGGGCAUGGGCCCAGCACGCGCGCCGUUUGUCUACUCGGCGUGGAACUCGCCCGAGCUCGUCUCCAAGAUUUCAGAAGUCGCGGGCGUGGACCUGGUGCCGUCCAUCGACUACGAAAUCGCCACCAUCAACAUCUCGGCGGACGACAAGCCCAUGCCCGUGACGCAGAGCUGCGUCAAGAAGGACGGCGACGGCGGCAGUGGCAAGGACCCGCUGGGCGACGGGCUGUCGGCCGUGGCGUGGCACUACGACAGCUUCCCGUUUGUGUGCGUGGUGAUGCUCUCGGACUGCACCGACAUGGUGGGCGGGGAGACGGCGUUGAGGACGGCGUCGGGCGAGGUUCUCAAGGUCCGCGGGCCGGCCAUGGGAACCGCAGUGGUGCUCCAGGGCCGGUACAUCGAGCACCAGGCGCUCAAAGCCCUCGGCGGGCGCGAGCGCAUCGCCAUGGUGACGUGCUUCCGGCCGCGCAGCCCGCACGCGCGCGACGAGACGGUGCUGACGGGCGUGCGGGCCAUCAGCCACCGCUCGGACCUGUACGCGCAGUACGCCGAGUACCGGCUCGAGGUGCUCGAGGAGCGCGUGCGGGCGCGGCUCAAGGCCGAGCGGCUGCGCGAGCGCGCGAGGACGCCGUUUGACGUGCCGGGCACGAGGAGCUGGCUGCUCGAGCAGAUGGGGUACCUGGAGGCGAUGCUGGCGGAGAUUACGGAGGACUGA